AUGCUCUCAAGAGACUUCCCCGCCUCAGAAAGAGCGAGGAGCGCUUCCAACCUAUUCUUGUCGCUCGAGGACCCAUCUCCAUCCGGCCCUUCCUUUCCCCAGCCUCCGCCGCCGCCACUGCCACUGCCACAGCCACCGCCACCUCCUCCCCCAGCGCCGUCACCACCACUGUUUCUCCCCGAACGACCACCAUUCCCCCCGCACCGGACGACGAGGCACCCAAAACGUUUCCCGGACGGCAACACCACAUCAGAGCUGAGAGGAACAAGAGGAAGCGCAAGCGUAGCGCGCUUGAGAGAGCAGGAACCGGAGGAAGCCGCAGAGAAAAGCAGCUUAGACUGGCCGGCGGGCAUUGCCACUCCCACAGUCCCACGGCCGGCCGGCGGGAAACGAGAGAACUGACGUCCCGCAGUCGACAGAUCAGCCGAGAAACCGCAACCACGCACAACACCUGCCAUUCUCUCCCCUUCCAAGCUCCUCCACCUCCUCCUCACUGUAGAGAACGAGCUCCAAGCUUCGCCGGAGAGGCCCGCAGCCCGCCGCAACGUCGUAUAUGGCGGAGAUACGGCGGCGACUGAGAGGAGAGCAGAGGACCUGAUCUAAAUUAAUAGCAGUCACCAAGGCGCUGAAACGGCCGAACCGAGUUGGCCGUUCCUGCGGCGACAGAAGAAGCCCUGGGUGGGGUCCACUAGGCCGCACCUCACGUGCUUCCUCAUCACUAAAUAUUAAAAAAUAUCAGGCUCUUAUAGAUAUAUAUAUCAUAUGUAUAUACAUAUAUAUAUAUAUAUAUGGGAACACUGACCUAUUAGUGCGGCACCUGAUCACCGGCGUGUCGUGCGAGGAUGUACGCAACAAAUACGUGACGGAUACCCUUCGUAUGCGUCGAGUGUAGGUCUCGAGAACAUGGCACGCACAACCUCCGUGCAUUCCGUUUCGUAUCUAGUUUUGGGAAUGCCCUAUUUAUACUUUUAAAAUAUUAAUUUUAGUGGUGAUAUGUAUUUUUGAAAAAAAUAAGAGAACGGGGAAUUGAAACCUCUGGAGACCACGUGCCAGGGUUCGUGCGAUAUGCUGCUCCGCGUGUGCCUCACUUCAUGCCACGUGACAGACAAAAGUCCAUGUACGCGUAAUUUGCACGUAAAGCGUACACAUGAGCUAUUGACACAGUGGAUUAUGUUGGCCGAUAUUGGUGGGCCCAAUUCAUACUGUGUCGCACCGUGUCGGUGCAUAUGAACUAGUACUCCAGCGUCCGCCGCCUCACUUCGAUCGGAGCUAAGCUACCCUCAACAGAAGUUGUUGACUAAUAAAAAGGAAUACAAGAGUAAUUUAUAUAUUUAUAGGGUGAGUUAUGGAGGAUGUAUAGUGUAUAAAUGUUUUAAGAAGGGGUGGAUGAUAAAGAACGGAAAAAUUUAAAUCCCGAUCGAUCUCCCUGCUUCUUCUGCUCUUCAUCUAGAGUGAGAGUUCUGCUGCUGCUACAUCGGUGAUGGCUGCUGCUUCUUCUCUUCAGCUAGAGUGAGUCACAGUUGA